GGUAUAGCCCAAUUAAAAUUCAAUCAUCAUCAAAGUGCAUAUCCAAACCAGGCCUGUUUUAAUAGAGCUAUCGAAGGAGCGGCUAUGGGGUUUCCCCUUGGCAUUGCACUAGAAGCUGGGAACAAUUUACUGCGAAGGGAGAAAGAGACUUGUUCAUCACCAAACUUUUGCAGGGAAAGGGGCAGAUAAUCCCCUAAGAUUCCGUCCAACCUCAUCGCUAAUCUCUUCUCCUUGCUCGUUGCAAUUUAUUUUUUUCCCAAGAUUGUUGUUUCUUGAUGGUGAUCUUCUUUAUGCAACAGCGAUUUUCUCGACUAUCUCUCUCUUAAACUGUUGAUGUGGUUGUUAUGGUAUGCUCCUUGCAUUUUGAACUGGCCGCAUUUAUAGAGUAAUCAGUGAAAUACCUGGACCAAAAUCCCGCAGUGGAACCCAGGUGGCUCCCCCCCCUGCUCGAGAAAUUCUCAAUAACUAGGGAGCAUUUUUUUGCUGAAUUAAGUUUGUGCUUAAAACUUAGAGAGGGAUUCCAUGGUAACUGGUAGUGAAAAUAAAGUUACAGAAAUAUUUUCUGGUGCCAAUGCCCGGGGAGUCUACUGAAGCUAUGGAAUUGGUUGGGAUAAUGCUGGAUGGUAAUUUGGAUAUGGAAAAGAAAGGGGAAGAUUUUAAGAAUUUAGGAAAUGACACCAAUAUAGAGGGGGUGGAGGAUUCGAAUCGACGGUUUGGCGUGACAGGGGGUUCAAUGUCUAAAAAUGGAGUUGGCAUGAAAGGAACUGUGGUUGACAAGGGUUUCGAUGAGGGGAAUCCAGAAUCUCUUGGGGAAGAAGCUGGUCUAAAUGCAAAGCAAUAUUUUCUCUGUAACGGACAGGUGUCAAAUGGAACAUCAGAAAAUGUGGAGGGGAUUCAUGUUAAGCCUGGGUUGCUGAUUCCUAAAAGACGCAGAGGAGAGCAUGUAACCGAAAAUGAAGGCGAAUAUUACUUGUCAGAUCUAGUAUGGGGUAAGGUUAGGAGCCAUCCAUGGUGGCCUGGGCAGAUAUGUGAACCUUCGGCAGCUUCUGAGAGAGUGAUGAAGUAUUUUAAGAAAGACAGCUAUUUGAUAUCAUAUUUUGGGGGUCUGAAGUUGGCAUGGAAUGAAACAUCAAAAGUAAGGCCAUUUCAGAUGUACUUCUCUCGAAUGGAGAAAUGUAGCAAAACUGAAGCUUUUUCUCAUGCCGUGAGUUGUGCCUUAGAUGAGGUUGCCAGACGGGUUCACCUUGGCUUAUCAUGUCCAUGCUUACUGCAGGUAGUGCAUGACGAGAUAGAAUCCAAGGUUGUUGCAAAUGUUGCUAUUAAAAAGGGAUGGGGUAGAAGAAAUGGCAGGGAUGGUUUUUCCAGUACGGUCUCGUUUUUGCCUGCAGAAGUUGUUCAGCGCCUGAAGUCAUUGGCUGAAGCCCCACUCUAUAGAACUGAUAGAUUGGAGCUUGUGAUGAUAAAAGCUCAGUUACUGGCCUUCAAUCAGUGGAAGCGUAAAAACAAGCUUCCGUUUCUCAAAGAGCUUGGUGGAUUGUUCAAUCCUGAUGCUCAUAUUGCUGAACAUGGUGGCGUAAGGCAUUCUCUUGAAGUAUGGGAAGGAUUGUUUCCAGGUUCCAAUGGUGCUGAUCUGGUUCCAUCUAAAAUGGAAAAGUCAAUUCCUCAAGAUAGUUCUUGGAAGGGUAAGUACCUCUCAGGUAGUGAUAAGCGCCCCCACAAAAGGGAAAGACGCAUUUCAGCCCCAAUGUCCCUUAGCAGCCCAACUUUACUAAAUGGUCAGAAAAAGAAGAUGGUUUUAUCUGGUAAAAAAUGUGAAACUGUUGAUUUUCAACCAUGUGAUUCCAAAGUGAAAAGAAGAAAGAGUCUUUUGUUGUCAAGUCCCCAUGGUAAGACAUCUUCACAGGCUGAAACGUAUUUUAGAGACGGAGAACCCAUACACAGGGUUCUCAAGUAUGGCGAUGGAAAUUCUAAUCAAGCCCCAGCUAGAAGUGGUGAAAAACUGGCAACUGCUGAUCUUCAAAUUCCGACCCAUGGUUACAGGAUAUCUCAUGGAGAGAGAAUGGUUCCAGCUGAGCACCCUCCUCCAGAUGAGAUUUAUUCAAAGUUGUGCUUGGCUGCAAUAGAUCCAACUAAAGGGCACGACUUUUCAAGUUCAAUAGUUAGUUCGCUUUGUGAAUUCCGGAAUUUAAUUUGCCUGGGAAAAAGCAAAGCAAGAAAGCACAACAGGCAUGCUGGGAAGCACGAGGAGGAACAAACGUCCAUCUCGGGGACUACAGAUACAUUUGAAUUUGUAGGUACAGAAGACUCGUAUUGGAAGGACAUAGUCGUUCAGAACAUCUCUGAAGAUAGGGUGCUAUUAGAACCUGAGAUCCCUACCAAGAAGAAUGCCUCUGUGGCUGAACCAGAAGCUGUUGUAGGUAUGCAUGGAAGCACAGACAAUAAACAAGAAAGAGAUGUCAUUCUGGAUAAGGAAACAGAUAAUCCAUCUUGUCUCAUGGACGAGAAAUCCGAGGAAAAUUCUCCAAUGGCACUGAUCCUUACCUUUACAAAUUUAGAAUCUAUUCCUUCAAUAAUCAAUCUGAACAAGAUAUUUAGCCAAUAUGGACCUCUGAUCGAGUCAGAGACUGAGGUAUUGAGUAAAAGCAAGCGUGCAAAAGUGUUCUUCAAGAGACGAGCAGAUGCUGAAACUGUUUUUAAUGAUAGAGGGCUAUUUGGCAUUUUUGGAUCAACACUUGUCAGUUACCGACUCAAGUAUUACCGUAAACUGGCUGAAGCUCCUACAACCUCAAAGCAGAAUAAGAAGACAACACUGGUAGAAGGCAAUGCUGUUUGAAAGUUUGACGAGGAUCUAUUGGGGUAUUUCCUACUAUCUAUAUUCCUACGUAGGUUGUACUAACAUUGGAAUAAUGUGCACAUAGAUGAGCGCAACUGAAUAAUGUUUAAUUUGAAUAGAUGCUUAGUAAGUAGAAUUUAAAGAAUGUCUGAUCUUUAUUUGAUGGUAAGACAUAAGCAUGGAAUUUGCAAUUUGUGGGAUAUGUUUAUAUAUUUCUUUUCAUAGCGGAUGUUAUAGGGUGAU